AUGUUUUCUUAUUUGUCACUGCUGCCCAAACCUUCUUCUACUUUUUACAGAAGUUUACUUCAGCAUACCUUUUUCUUUCAUUUCUUUUCUUUUUCAUUUGUUUUGUACAAAAUCUUUCUUUAUAGUCUUUCUUUUUCUUUAUUCUUUCUUUCUUUCUAUUUUAGAAUUAACUUAAACUCAUUCUUUAUUUUUUAUUUCCAUUCUAUUGUUUAUGUCUGUAAAUAUUCUUUUGAAGCCAGACUUUUCAAUCUAUCUCACUCUUUCUUUCUUUCUUUCUUUCUUUCUUUCUUUCUUUCUUUCUUUCUUGAUUGCUUGUUUGUUUCUUUCUUUCUCUUUGGCUAUCUUUCUUUCAUUUCUUUCUUUCUUUCUCUCUUUCUUGAUUGCUUGUUUCUUUCUUUCUUUCAGUUUAGCUAUCUUUCUUUCUUUCUUUCUUUCUUGCUUGCUUGCUUCAGUUUUUCUGUCUUUCUUUCUUGCUUGCUUGCUUGUUUCCUUGCUUUAGUUUUUCUUUCUUUCAUUGUUCCUUUCUUUCUGUUUUCUUUCUUUCUUUAUUGCUUGUUUGCUUCCUUGUUUCAGUCUUUCUUUCUUUCUUGCAUUGGUUCUUGCUUGUUUCCUUGCUUCAGUUUUUCUUUCUUUCUUUCGUUUUGUUCGAUUUUGCUUAUUUCAUUCAUUCAUUUCUUCUUUCUUUUUUGUUUCAAGCUUCAUUCAUUUGGUCUUUCUUUCUUUCAGUCUUUAUUCAUUCAUUUUUUUCAGGUUUCUUUCUUUCCUUCGUUCGGGAUUCUUUCUUUCUUUCUUUUUUUCUUUCUCUCUUUCUAUUUCUUUACAUCUUUCCUUUAUUUUUCUUUUACACAUCAUUUUUUAAUUUUCUUUCAUUUUCAUUCUUCUCUCCUCUUUUGCAAAUUUUCUUUCUUUCUUCUUCUUAUUCUUCAAGAAUUCAGUUUGCUUACUUUCGUUCUUUGCCGACAUUUUUCAUUCUUACCUGUUCAUUUGACUAAAGCUUUAAUUUUCUAUUUUCAUAAUUCUAAGAAGACCUUUUUGUUUCAAUGCUUCUCGCCUCUACCACUGCCUUCCUUUCUCCUUUCUUUCCUUCUUUACCACAUCCCUUCCUUCCUUCCUUCCUUCCUUCCUUCCUUCCUUCCUUCCUUCUUUCUUUCCGUCUUUCUUUCUUUCCUUUCUUCUUUCCUUCCUUCUUUUCGUCUUUCUUUCUUUCUUUCUUUUCUUUUUCCCCCUCUCUCUCCCUUCCUUCCUUGUUUCCUUGUUUCCUUCUUUGCUUCCUUCCUUCCUUCCUUGCGUCUUUCUUUCUUUCCUUUCUUUUCUUUCUUCCCCCUCUCUCCCUUCCUUCCUUGUUUCCUUCUUUGCUUCCUUCCUUGCUUCCUUCCUUCCUCCUUUUCCUUCCUUCCUUCUUUCCUUCCUUCCUUCCUUCCUUCCGUCUUUCUUUCUUUCCUUUCUUUUCUUCCUUCCCUCCUCUCUCCCUUCCUUCCUUAUUUCCUUUAUUGCUUCUUCCCUUCUUUCCUUCCUUCCUUCCUUCCUUCCUUCCUUCAUUCUUCAUUCCAUCCAUUCUUUCGCCCUUCUAUCUCUUUUUCCUUCCUUCCUUCCUUCCUUCCUUCCUUCCUUCCUUACAUUAAUGAUAUCAUUUGGCGCUCUACUUUCUCCUCUCUUGAUUCUCUAUAUUUUUUCUUUCUCCUCCUUUGUUUCCAUUUCUUCUUCUUCUUUUUCUCCUCCCUUGUUUUCUUUUCUUUUUCUUUUCUCUUCCCUUCUUUUCUUUUCUUCUUUCUUCUCUUCCUUGUUUUUCUGUGUCUUCCCGUGAUUCUCUUUCUUCUUCUUUGUUCUCGUUUGUUUCUCUUUCUUUCUUUCUUUCUUUCUUUCUUUCUUUCUUUUUCUUUCUUCAUCUUCUUCUUCUUCUAUCCCCAUCCCCUCCCUUGUUUCUCUUUCUUCUUCUUUGUUCUCGUUAGUUUCUCUUUCUUUCUUUCUUUCUUUCUUUCUUUCUUCCUUUCUUUCUUUCUUUCUUCAUCUUCUUCUUCUUCUAUCCCCAUCCCCUCCCUUGUUUCUCUUUCUUCUUCUUUGUUCUCGUUUGUUUCUCUUUCUUUCUUGUUUUUUCUCUUUCUUUCCUUCUUUCUUUCUUUAUUUUUUUUCUUUUUUUUCUUUUCUUUCUUUCUUUCUUUCUUUCUUUCUUUCUUCUUCUUCUUCUUCUUCUUCUUCUUCUUCUUCUUCUUCUUCUAUCACCAUCCCCUCCUUUGUUUCUCUUUCUUCUACUUUCUCCUCCUUUAUUUCUCCAUUUUCCUGGUCACCUCUCCUUCAAUUUUCUGUUUUAGCUUCUCAUUCCUAUUCUCCUUCAUUCUUUACUCUUUCGUUUCUUCUUUCCCACUCUCUUUAGCUUCUCUUCUCCCUUCCUUUUACUUCUUAUUCUCUCCAUUCUCGCCUUUUUCUCAUCCCUUUCCUUCCUUUCACUUUGUAUCCUCUCUUCACUUCUUUCUUUUUCAUUGA